ACACAAGAUUAAACUAUCAUUUUGGCAACGUCUUCGCUAACGACACGAUGGACUUCAUUGCUGGAAAAGUAGUACUUGUUACAGGGGGAGCUGGAGGGAUUGGACUUGCCAUGGUUAAAAAUCUUCUACAACAUGGCGCCAAGGGUGUUGCAAUAGUAGACAUUUGUGACGACGCAGGAAACAAAGCUGUUGACAUUUUUGGCCACAAUAAAGUGACUUUUAUAAAAGCAGACAUCACGAAGACUCCAGAAUUGGAAGGGGUUUUCGAAACCACCAUUAAAACCUACAACCAACUCGACAUUGUGAUUAAUAAUGCGGGAAAAAUGGACGAAACUGACUGGAAAAGCACAAUAUCACUGAAUUUGGUCGCUCUUAUCGAAGGAAUUUAUCUCGCUAUGCAGAAGUACCUUCCAAAGUACAAAUCUGGAGAAGAAGGCCUUAUCGUCAACACGGCUUCAACUUGCGGUUUCCAUGUAUUACAAAUAGCUCCUGUUUAUUGUGCUACAAAACAUGGAUUGAUUGGUUUGGGGAAAGCUCUUGGUGGGGACGAAUUUUACAAAAGAUAUAAAGUACGCGUUGUUACGAUUUGUCCGGGGUUGGUAGACACCCCAUUGGCGCACCGAUCAGGAGGAUAUUUGUUUCCAGAACUAAUAGAGAAGGAAAUUUACUCCGUUUGCUCGAUAGCGCAGUCACCGGAACGAAUAGGAGAAGGACUGAUUGAAGCUAUCAACAAGGGCAAAAAUGGGUCUAUAUGGGUUAUUGAAGAGGAUGUACCGGCAUAUGAAGUUGUGGUACCACAUCACAGAGACAUGAAAGUUUAAACAACGAAUGUAUUUAGUGUUCACUCAAAUACGAAAUAAACAAUUAAGACGCAUAAUUGUG